CGUUCUUUCUUACCUCGUCCCUUUUUUUCAAGGGCAAAACAUCUAAAAAUAGGGUUGCGGUAUAAAAUUAGAUCCUCCUCCUUCGCCACUCACUAGGUUAGUUGUGGUUGCCGCUCUUCGUUUCAUUCAUUCCGAGGAAGCAGAGCUUACGAUCACAACUUGAGGUCAAAAAAUGUCAGGAGAAGAAGUUGCGGUUGCCCAACCGGACGCAGCAGCAGUCAUUGGUGAGCCAAUGGACAUUAUCACAGCCUUGCCACUUGUGAUUAGGAAGUCAAAAGCUCACAGUGGGCUUGCUCGAGGCUUACACGAAGCUGCCAAGGCAAUUGAAAAACACAGCGCGCAUCUUUGUGUUAUAGCCGAUGACUGUGAUCAGCCAGAUUAUGUUAAACUGGUCAAGGCCCUCUGCGCUGAUCAUAAUGUUAAAAUGCUACGUGCUCCUAGUGCCAAAGCUCUCGGCGAGUGGGCUGGUUUAUGCAAGAUAGAUUCCGAGGGGAAAGCAAGGAAGGUAGUUGGCUGCUCUUGUGUAGUUGUCAAGGAUUACGGCGAACAACACGAGGCUGUCGAGGUUGUUCAGCAGCACAAGGAUUAAGCAAAUUAGAGGAUGGUUCCCUUUAUUUAUUAUUAUUUUUUUUGUAGAAGCAGUUUUUUGUUUUGUGUUUUAUGGAUUUGAUAGUGAACAACAGACCAAUGAUGUUGAGAUUUUGUUUCUUUGAGAAAUGUUGCAAUGCUGAGUUGCUGCCUUGCUGGUGUGGUUGAUUGAAAUAUAUAUAAAUUCAUGGGAUUGUGGUUUUAAUAA